AUGUUUGUUUCAACAUUACCAUAUCGCAUUCAAAUUGAUCCACACUGGUCAUUUGAUGAACUUGUUGAUUAUCUACGAGAGAAAUGUUUAUCAAUUCUUGAACACUCUCAUUAUCCACUUCAACAUAUCCUUGCUAAUUUACAUAUUAAUCAAUCAAAUAUUUCAUUUCUUGAAACAAUGUAUGACUUUAUUACUAUAUCGUCACAUAGCGAUAAAUUAUCUUUGGAUGGAGCAGGUAUUAAACAAGUGCUCCUAGAACAAUCAUCUGAAGUGGCUAAGUUUGAUUUUAUGUUAAUGUUUGUCUAUAAUCCAAUGUUGGAAAAUAAUAAAUUAUCAUUUCGUUUAACUUGUUCACAUGAUUUGUUUGACGAGAUUACAGUUAGAAAUAUAGGUCGAAGAUUAGAACAUUGUUUUCAACAACUUUUUUCAUCGAAUGAAACUAUCGAUCGAAUUGAUACAGGUUUAACAUCUGUAUUGAAAAUUAAACUUAUUCUACCAGAAGAAACUCAAGAAAUGGAAGAUAUUAUCUUUUGUCGACAAUCACAUAUUAUGAACGAAGCACCAGCAUCAUUUGCACAAGCUCGUAUUUGGCUUGAUGAACGAAUUCGAUUCGAUCCAGACAAGCCACAAGUAGCAAUCUAUAAUAUGCCUUUUGUUUAUCGUCUGCAACCAGGUCAUACUUUAUCAAUUAAACAACUUCGUCAUGCUCUUCAAUUCACUGUUAACAAACAUCCCUCACUUCAUACAUCACUUCAUUUUGACAUUGAAAAAAAUCUACUUAUGCAACGAGUUAUUACUCAUGAACAUGAAAAUAAUAAGAAUAAUCUGUUUUCAAUCAUCGAAACUACUUAUGAAACAGAUGAGCAACUUAAUCAUAUUUUACACGAUGAGAAACGUAAUCCUCAUGUUUUUGAUCCUGCUCAAGGUCUUGUCUUUCGAUGUCAUAUUAUUUAUUACAUACAAAUCUCUUCAAAUCAUCUUCUUUCUGACAAAGAUCUACUUAUCUUCAACUUUCAUCAUGCUCUAUUUGAUUUUCCAUCAAUGAAUAUCUUUCUUCAUGAUCUUAAUCAAGCAUAUACAACAGGUCAAUUAUUAUAUGAUGACAACACUAAUCUACGUUAUAUCGACUAUGCUGUUAUUGAACAACAAAUGUCAAUGACUGGUGCAAGUAUGUUUUGGCUUGAUACUCUUCAUGAUUGUAAACUUGAUCAACCUUUGUCAUUACCAUUUGAUCGAUAUCGUCUCUCAAAUGAACAUCGAACUGGUCGUGGAACAUCGAUUUCUUUUGAUUUUGGUCAAGAUCUCUCGCAUGACUUUCUUAUUCAUGCAUCAUCAAAUAGCAUAUCACUAGAACAUCUUGCACUUGCUACCUAUUAUGUGUUUUUAUUCAAAUUAACGAAUGGAGAAAAAGAUUUAUGUAUUGGAAUAAAUACACAUGGUCGAUAUAGAGAUGAACUUAACUCUAUCAUUGGAAUGUUUGUGAAUGCUAUUCCUUUGCGAUGUCAACUCGAUCCUCAUUUAUCAUUUCAUAAACUUACUAAGCAGGUUCAAGAUAACAUGAUAAACUGUAUGAAAUAUUCAUAUUUUCCACUUCAACGUAUUCUCAAUCACCAUCCAAAUUUAUCAAAUCCUGUAUUUCUUGAUACAUCAUUUGACUUUAUAGCAUCUAUGAGAAGAGAUGAGGAGAAUGAAAUAAUGAUUGGUGAUGGUCGAUUUUCGUUACUACCUUAUUCAAUUAAGAUUAGUGAAAAUGAAAUAAUGAGUAAAUUUGAUUUCAUUCUUAGUUUUCAACAUGAUCUGAAUCUAAAUGAAUUCUCAUGCACCAUUAAUGCUUCACUCGAUUUAUUUAAUGCUGAAACAGUUUAUAUAAUUGUCCAAAGAUUACAGACAAUGUUAUAUCAACAAUUCACAUCUUUCGACUGUACAACAAACAAACCUAUCUAUGAAUUAUCAUUCGUAUUACCAAAUGAACAAUAUCUAAUGCAAUCAUUGAAUAAUACACAAGUAUCAUUUUCAUCUCGUGUCACUUGUAUUCAUCAUGAGUUUGUAUAUCAAGUAGUGAAACAUCCACAAAAACUAGCAGUUGAGCUAGAUGAACAAUCAUUGACAUAUUGUGAACUCUUACAUUAUGUACAAAUAUUAUCCUUAACUCUUCUUAAUGAAUAUCAUGUGUUUCCAGGUGAGGUCGUGUGCCAAUGUGUUGAACGAAGUUUAUCAAUGGUAAUUGGUAUUCUGGGAAUUGAAAUGGUUGGUGGUGUAUAUUGUCCAUUGUCACCUCGAGAUCCACAACAUCGUUUGCAUGCACUCGUAGAGCAAACUAAAAGUCGUCUUGUUCUUAUUCAUCAUUUAACGAAGAUCAAAUUCGAUCAUGAUAUUAUCUCACAGGAUAUUGAUUCAAUAAUGAUUAUCAAUGAUAUAGAUAAGAAAGGUCUUUCAAGUGCGAUAAUGAAAGGCGAAGAGAUAGCGUACAUUAUUUUUACUAGUGGUUCAACUGGAACACCCAAAGCGGUCCAAGUUCGACAUAAGAACUUUAUUGACUGUAUCGAUUCUUUGGCACAUAUUAACUCAUUUAAUAAAGAUGAUACAGUUGUACAAAUGACACGAUGUUCAUUUGAUAUUCAUGUUCAAGAGAUACUUGGUACAAUGUUGAUUGGAGGCACAUUGAUCAUGCUUCAUCCCGGUGGAACGACUGAUUUCGAUUAUUUAUCCAAAGUGUUACAAAACAAACAAGUCUCAUAUCUACAUACUGUACCAAGCUUUCUACAUAGUUUUUUUACUUCUGUCGAGCAAAGUAACAAUCAGAAUGUCCUGAAACAUCUUCGAUCACUUUGCAGCAGUGGUGAACCAUUUUCUGUUCCUUUAAUUGAUUUGAUUGUCAAAAUCGAUAUAACAAACUGUAUUGUAUGGAAUUUGUAUGGUCCAGCUGAAGCAACCAUAGAUUGCACUGUUCAUUCUAUCAAUGUUACAAGUACUAUACAGAGCAUUCCAAUUGGUAGGCCCCUUUUUAACUACCGAUGUAUAAUUAUGAAUCAAUAUUCACAACAAUCAACCACGAACCAAGAAGGUGAACUGUGUGUAGGAGGUGUAGGCGUCUUUGCUGGUUAUCUCGGACGAAAUGAUUUAACUGCAAAAGCUCUCGUUGAAAUUGAUGGUCAACUAUUUUAUCGAACAGGUGAUAUUGUUAGAAUGGAUAACAAUGGUCUUCUUCAUUAUCAAGGAAGAAAAGAUCAUCA